UUCAGUCAUGCGUUGUGAGGUCUUCUUGAUUGUCAUCUUUGAAUUUGUGGUCUUUUGUGUUUUGGCCAAAAAGAAUCGAACAGAACUGAAUCAUGUAGUUGAGCGUGUUUUUUCGCGCCCAAAGCGAUUUGUACUCUUUCCCAAAGGGUCCAAUUUGAAAUUCACUGGAUCUUUCAGUAAGGGUUUAUUAGCAAAGUAUCCAUCUGGUGUGGCCAUGAACAUUGAAGAGGCUUGCUAUUAUCCUGUGCCCUCAAGUCGUGAGGAUGUUUAUCCAAAACGUUUUCGUCCACGGACAACAACGACACCAAAACCAAAGACCACAACAGAGCCAACCUAUGUGUGGAUACCAGGAACAAAUUGGCGGUUCAAGGCCACACCGUUAAAGAAACCGAAGCCUCUCAGAUUGAAUCAGCGGAUUGAUUUAAGGCCAGCGGCACCGAGUUAUGUGAAGCCGGAAAAGUGGGCCCAAUGGGCCAAGUACGGCCAACGCUAUGAGAAUUGGACGCCACCUGUACAGAAGUACGAGAAGCAUACGCAGCCCGGAAAGUGGAGUAAGUGGACCACAGAAUCGCCCAAAUGGAAUAGGAGAUGGUAUAGAUCCGCAGAGAAUACUCCUUAUGAUCCGGAUAUGGUAACCUAUGAGCAUAUUAGUUACCCAGAUCUUGAAGAAGUUGCUGACUCACCCCAUUAUCAUGGACAUCGGGACCGUCGACAAUUGUUUGAACAAUUUGAAGGAUUUAGCAAACUUUUUGGUAUGAGUACCAAAGCAUGUGUUAUGCGGGCCAUUUGCGAUAGCAAACGCAUGCUAUUACCCCAAGGAUAUUCCAUGAUUCAGGAUAUUGUUCGGCUUAUUUUUACAUUGCCAACCAUUUCUGGCGUGGAUGAUGAUUAUAGCACAACCAUGCGCAUGAGUCCCGAAAAUUGUGAUCUUCAGUUUCGGGAACAGUGUAAAUUUAACAUUUUAGCCUGGUUUUUGUCAGGCAAGUGGCAAUGAA